AUGGCUCGAUUAUCCCUUGUACCCAAUGCCGUUCUUGCACACGUAGCCGUUCAUUACGACCUCGACCGCCUCAUUACGCCAUCAAAAUCAAUCGCCAACGACAGCUACACCCAUCGUCUGGGAACGGUCUUUGAAGCGUGGAUAGGAGCUGCGUGGAUUGACGCCUAUCACAGAGGCGAAGAAGCCGAAAUAUGGGCGUGGGGUGCGCAGUUCUAUGAUCUUUCGAUCUGGCAGGGGCUCAGCGACAAGAUAGAGCUAGCCAAUCGUGAGACUGUCGACCCAUCUGCGCUGGAACUGGGCGCCAGGUCUCAGCUUGCUGGCUCAGGAGGCUGGCUUGGUAGGCUUUUGGGACCUCGAACGUCGUCGUUUUUCACCAGAUCGAAGAUUGCUUCUGAUGCCGCAGCCCCGAAGCCAACAUGGUCUAGAUGGGUAAAAGGACUAUUGGACGGCUCUCAAGCAGUCGACCCCUCCUCUCCCAACAUCGAGUCUCCCUCCAUUGAAACAUUACCGCUUCCAACAGCCGACGCUCCCCUGACAGGCUCCGCGACCCACUCCACCGCAAGCCCGAAUGCGAAGGGAUCACCAAAGAAACAGAUCAAAGUUGUUCUGCGGGAGAAAACAGGAUGGUCCUCUCUGAAACGACCACCGGAGUGGCCACACCCAGAGUCGUAUGUCAAUUUGUCGGAGUUUCCUGCUCUCUUGCCUUUCAUGCUGGGCCCGGAUGCCGAGUUAUUACGCGGAGAAAAGAUGGCUCGACAAGGGGUAGCGGUCUGGAUGGAGCAAUCGAAGAUACGUCUGGGAACGCACUGCAACAGCUCGAGAACGCUAUCGUAUAUUGUCAGUUUCAUGAGGCGGCCCGCUCAGAUGGCGCAUGUCUCGCUUUACUACAACCUCGACCCCGCGAUUUGGCUCCCUCAUCGGAAAGAAGAACGUGAUUUUCGAGCCUACAGUGACGCGUUCUAUGCUUUCCUUGGCUGGGCGAAAUCACAAGCGAAAACUGGCGGUCACGAAAAGGACUUUGACAUGUGGCUUGAUAAGCUUGUAUCGCCAGAAGCAUGGCCUCGUAUGGUAGAUACUGCGCGAAAGUACGAGAAAACAAUGUCCCGGAUGGAAGCCAAAAUGGUGCAAAGAGCCGCGAAGUCGGUGGCAGCCAAACCCUCAAAGCCUUCCAUCGUCAAAAGAUCUGCUUCCGGUCCCUCGCCAUCGACAGCGAAGCCAGCGAAAGCCCCGUUAGUUUCCAGUGCGUCUUCAGACGUUAUACAACCCGAGACCUCGCCGGUUUCUCAUAAUUCGCCCAAUGAUCUUCAGGCGCCCCCGCCGUAUUGGCAUCCUCCUUGGCUACCUCUACAAACCCGAAAAUUGCCAGCAAUCCCUUCUUUCCCCAUGUUCGACCAACAACCAUCUUUGGACGGUCUAUGGCAGCGAGAAAGUGACGUUUACAAGGAACAGAAGCUCAAAGGCCACAAUGCCAUCAACAGUCUUCUGACUACUGGCGGACAUCUGAUGGAAGUACGAGGGGGCUCGUCAAAGCAGAACAUCGCUGCUGUGACCGGUAUCAUGUUAUCCAGGCAAAGCCUGGCUCACAUCGCCUGGCACUACGGUAUCUACUCCAAUCACAACAUGGAAAAUACGUCGCCGAACAAAACCCAGAACGCCGCAGGUGGCAUGCUCAAGACGUACAUUGGCUGCGUCUUACAGGAGGCUGAAGCUGCCGGCAAAAGGCAAAUAGUCGACCAGUGGCUGAAGGAAGUGUUCUCUCCCGAAGUUUGGACAAGCCUCAAAUCAGUCUUAGGCCUGAGAAGCAGAGACCUGAUGGGCUUGUCCAGAAAUCCGCCUCGUACAAAGGUGAAGCAGGCCAUUUGUCAAGUCAAAGCUGCGCCGUGUACUUCGCCUACCACGGACGCGGCUGAUUCUUCGUCGCUGGGGGUCACUCUGCCCGGUGAGAUUUUAGAUGAUGGGUCCGUUAUACCACCAACAUCUAGCUCCAGCACCACCACAUCACCUGAAACUCUGCCUGACGCGAAGGGCAAAGCUGUCACUACUACCAGCGAAAAUCUACCCGAAGUGUCUCGUAAGUCGCCAACAGCGAUUUCGGGAACCACGAUGUCCCCUGCCUCCCAGCCCGCCGCCACAAAUACCAAGAGCAUCGGUAAAACCGCCGACGCCAGUGCUGCCUCUAUGUCCCCCAACACCCCGCCUGCUAUAGCCUCCGAGGAAGAUCAUAUGACUGCGACACCGCUCAAGACUCCCCGAGUUCCUCCGUCUCAUUGGCAAGCUCCCCAGCUACCCUUUGAUUAUGAUAAGCUCCCGUUUACUCUGCCGCUGUCCAAGUCCAGCCAAUCAGUGGAUUCAUAUCCUUUUGCCGAGUCCAAGGGCGAAUUUGCGGCUCAGAUUAGCGCCGGUAGACGGGUUGUACAGCGGCUGCUUAUAAAAGCCAAGUAUAUACGGAAGGCAUACGGGAAGGAUGACGUUCAUCCAGCUGUAAUUGUCCGUCACGAAGUCAAUCUUGAGGCCGCCGCUCUGGGCCUUGUGUCUCUACAAACUAUGUCUCACUUGGCCUUGCAUUACGGCUUCUGUGAACCAAAAGAACGGUCAGGGAUGACCUCACUCUCUCAGCAAGCCACAAGCGGCAAGUUCCUGGCGUGCAUUGGCUUUAUCUCGGAGGAGGCCGAGGCUAUCGGAGCCAGAGAGGAGGUUCAGACUUGGUUGAAAAGUGUUUUCUCGCCAGAUGUCUGGCCGACCAUGGCCGUGUCGCUGGAUAAAGCUUCAUCAUCAAGAGCAAUGAACAAUCAUAAUACACCUUCUGACAACGUCGACUCCAAGAGCAAUCACAAGUCCAAAUGGCUUGACCCAACACUCGUCCUAAACACUUCAGCCUUGCCGCUUCUGCUCCCUCCUUCGCCACCCAGUCUCGGUGCAGCGAAGGAUGAUCGGACUUCUCUUGUUCUCCAAGAGCUUGCCACGAGUGUCAAUGGUCUGAAGACUCUUCUUUUCAACCGUUUCAAAGCAAGUCAAUCGAUGAGCGGCAUUGCAGGGGAUUGCACCCAAGAACUCACCAUGCCCCGGAACCUUUCCCGUCUCGCUCGCUUCUUCAAAUUGUACGAUCUAUCGGCAAACGUUUCGCAAGCGAAUGCUGCCAGGAGCUUUAUCACAUACUUGAGAACCUUUGAGCCUACCCAGUCUUCGGCAAAGUGUGUUUUGCCUUGGCUGGAUGUGGUGUUCAGCCAGGAUGUCUGGCCGGAUUUGAUAACGGUAGUCGAGAAAAAGCGUCACCUUGCGCGGGAAGAGCAGAAGGCGAGCCGGGAACUUUUACAGGAGGAGGGCGCGCUGCAACAUGAGCAGAGCACCAUCAAACUGGCCCCUGCCGACGUAGUUGAGCAAACCCCUCUGCCGGAGGCCGAUGUCGCAGCCAGCCCAUCCACCGCUGAUUCCGACCCGCAAAAGCCCAAAGAACAUGGCGGACCCUCUCAGAGGCCUAGCCUGAACCUCAAAGAUGUGGCGAACUUGCUCUCGCCUUCAGCCUUUGAUGGCGUUGCCCUGUCCAUCCCGAGCCCUAUAUCAACGUCGGCAGCUCCUCGCCCGCAUAUCCCAGAGCACAAACUUGUAUGGAAAUUGAUCCCUAAGGCUGCUCCCCUCGCUGCGGACUUUUCCCUCGAGGAGGACAAGAAGCUCGCUUCAGAAAAUGCGAAACAGUCGAUGAAGAGAAGCACGGACAAGAUGAUGAAGAAGAAGGAGGGAAAGGAGACGGCGGCGGUGACGCCCAAAAAGAAGGACAAGGGGGAGAAGCAGGAACCCAAGAAGGAGAUCAAGAAGACCAUCAAGAAGGAGGUGAAGAAAGAGGUGAAGAAGCAGGUGACGCAGGUGAAGCAGGUGAAGCAGGUGAAGCAGGUGAAGCAGGGGAGGGAGCAGACGAACGAGCAGGAAGAGAAGAAAGCAACGGGAAAAAAGGGGCAAUUCGGGCUGAAGGCCGUUUAG